CCGUCUUCUCCUGAGCUCUUGUCCCGCCCCGAGGUCUCCCUGUACUGCCCCGGGGGCCCGCCUAAGCUUUCGUCGUGUCCCCAUCCCGCCCCGGUGUCCCGAUCCUGCCCCGGUGACCGCCCCCAGCCUCUUGUCCUGCCCCAGCAUCUCCUCACCCUGUCCCAUCCUGCCGCAGCAUCUUCCCAGUGUCCCCGUCCCGCUCCAUAUUGUCCCCCCCAGGCGUCACAUCCUGUCCUGGAUCCUCCCCACGUCGUGCCCCGGUAUUACCCCUGUACCCCCACCCUGGCUUUUCCCCCAAGCCCCACGUCCUGUUCAGGUCCCUCCCCACGUUCUCUCAGGUGUCUUCCCUUGCCCCUUCCCAGUGUCCCCCCAGGCCCCACGUCCUGUCCUGAUCCCUCUCCAUGUCCUGCCCUGCAGCUUUCAGGGCGCAGGGCCAGACCCCCACCCCAGUGUACGUGGCUCUGUCACUGGGACAGGGGUGACCCCACGGCCCCUCUGGGACUGUGUCCUGUGAGAAGGGCAAGGGGACAGGUCACAGGGUACCCCGGGUCUGGUUUGGUGGAACACGGGGCCCCUAGGAAAGCCCCUCUGUGGUGGCGCUGGGACUGACACCGCCCUGGCGCUCCCCCCGGCCCCGUGGUGCUUCCUGAGUGUUGUGGGGAAGCGAGAGCAGAGCCGACAUCCGGAGCAGAAGUGGCCUCACGGCUGCACUGCCACAGCCCAGAUAUGCAUGGUGGCCCAGCUCCCACUCAUCGGCCAAGGCCACCACAAGACAUGUCCCUGAGGGGUCCAGGACAUUCCCACGUCUCCUUCCCGUCUCUGUGGUGACGUGGGGCCCAACGUGACAGGCAGCAACUUUCCCUAUGGUGAACACACCCAAUUCUGGUUGUUCUGCACCCAUGGAUGUGUUUGGGAUGGUCCGUCACUAUCUGGUGACACCCGCGGGGCUGGUGACACCCGUGUGGCAGAGCACAGAGGGAACCGCCGGCACCCGGCUGCCACCAAGACGUGCCAUGUGCUGCUCUCAAAGGGCAGCUUAUGGUGUCACUGCCUGCACUGGGAGCCCAGCAGCCACAGAGGGGCAUUUGGGGACAGCCCUGUCACCUCCUGCCCUGCGGUGAGGGUCCUGUCUUGCCCGGCCAGUCCCUCCACCCGCCCACGCCUCUGCGCCUGCCACAACGGGGACAUUGUCUGGGCCGGGGGGGGGUGGAUUUUGCAUGAAAAAACCCGACUUUGUGACCACAACAGGGCCUCUCUGUGCCGGGGCCCCUCCGAGCGUGGCGUGGGGUGGGUGCGGCGCAGUUGACGUCAAAGCGUGGGGCGAGCGCAGGGCAGCUCUGAGGGUGCCUUUGAGCACCGAUCAAAGCCCCGUUAUGCCCAGCCAGCCGGGGGGCACCCGGGUGCUGGUUCGGUGCCGCCUUGGCACGGUGCUCCCCCAGGGUUUGGUGCUGUCCUGGUGGGACACCCUGUUUUGGCUGUCCCUGGAGGAGGGGGGGGAUGUCCCCUCGGGCGUUCCCCGCUGAUGGCUCUUCCUUUGCCGCAGGACGCAGGGUUCAAGUGGGCAUCCCCGAGCCAGUCCCCGGAGGAGCACAGAAGGGUGGUGACGCUAGAGAAGAAGGCAGAGGAGUCUUUCGGCUUCGAGAUCCAGACCUACGGGCUGCACCACCAGGACAGGAACAGCGUGGAGAUGUUCACCUUCGUGUGCCGCGUGCACGGCGGGAGCCCGGCCGAGGCCGCGGGGCUCAAGGCUGGGGACACAAUCACGGGGGUGAACGGGCUGAACGUGGAGGGCAUCCGGCACCGCGAGAUCGUGGAGAUCAUCAAGAGCUCAGGCAAUGUACUCCGGCUCGACACGCUCUAUGGGACGUCCAUCCGGAGGGCCGAGCUGGAGGCCCGGCUGCAGUACCUGAAGCAAACCCUCUACGAGAAGUGGGGGGAGUUUCGCUCGCUGAUGGUGCAGGAGCAGCGGCUGGUGCGGGGUGUGGUGGCCAAGGACCCCAGCAUCUACGACACGCUGGAGUCCAUCCGCUGGUGCCUGCAGGGGGAGGGACUGCCGGGGGGCUCCUCCCGUGCCAGCGGCAGCGAUGACUCCCUGUACCAGACCUGCGUCUUCGCCUCCUCCAGCUCCUUGGAUGGGGACAAGGAUGGGAACAAGGACAAGGAUGAGGACAGCGGGGGUCCUGCGCCCCCCCCACCGCGCCCCCGACCUGCCCUGGCCCGCAGCGCCAGCCUCAAGUGUGCAGGGGGCCCGGGGGCUGCGGGGAGGCUUUGGGCCCGGGCCGGGGACCCCGGGGAGGGAGCGGCCGCUCCCCGCAAGGGCCGACACAGCAGCUUCCGCCGGCGGCUGCUCAAGUUCAUCCCGGGUCUGAACCGGGCGCUGGAGGAGGAGGAGAGUCACCUCUAGCCGGCGGCCCCCGGCCCCCCAGGACUAUUCACUUAUUUAUUGCGAGGAGCUUCAUUCCCCCGGCCCCCAUCCCUGGGGGCUGCAGGAAGGAGGUUUGGGUUGGCCCCAGGGGUCCCGAUUUGGGCACCCCCCCCCCGGGCCGUGGGGAUUGUGACACUGAGGGACGGACGUGACACCAAGGGACAGACAUGAGGACUCUCGUGAGGCGGCUCACGGAGCUGUCGCUGCUCUCGGGAAUGGCUGCCUUCCUCCCUGGAGGGGAGCGCCGGGGGAGCCCCGCAUUCCCCAGGUGAGGGGGGCUCUGGGGGUCCCACCCCCUGCUCCUCCCGGGCUGUUGUACCACGUCGGUGCUCGCCAAUACAGAGACGAUUUGCA